CCGAUAACUAUAAUUCGCGGUCUAUUUGGCUUUAUAUAAAUGCGCUUUACUGUUCGUCACAUUUUUCAAAUUACAUUUUAGAAAUGAAUAUUAUUUGUUAAAUAAAUCUGCUUUUAAUAGAUAUAUCAAGAUAGAUAUAUUAUUAUAAUAACGAGAAGAAAAUUAUGGCGGAAAUAACUAUUUAAAAUGAUAAGAUUUUCUUAGUACAAUUAUAUAUAACAUUCCAGUUACGCUCUUGCUCGCUGCUAUUCAGUUUUAACAUCUCAUUGUCUUUCUGGGGAAAAAAAAAAAAAAAAAAAAUUAAAGUUGGGAAUCUAAUGUGCUGAAAAGAAAAGCAACCGUGUUUUUAUUAAAUGUCUUUUGUAAUUCAAAGUGAUGAAAAUCUUAAAAAAUUUACGAAGUGACAUGGAUACUGAGGAUAAUUUAUUUUUUUAUUUUGGUAUUAAAACAUAUAAGGAUGAAGAUGUUGAUGUACUUACACCUGCUCUUGGAAGCAAUUCAUACACUCAAUGCUUUUCUCAUUUACAACUUCCCUCUAAAUGUAAGGUAAUAGAUGUCUUUUUAGGUUGGAUAAAUUUAAUAUUUUAUACUAGUAAGAAUGUUUUCAAAGAUUUGGAAGUACACAAGACGAUUAAGGAUAAUAAACAAGAAUUUAAUUUUGCAAAUGAAUUGAAUGAAGCAUUUUAUCGUAUCACGCACUGUCCAUCAGAAUCAGAAGAACAUAGCAAAGAAGCAUUUUCAUCCAUUAAGCAUAUGGGAAUUAAUAAUAUCUCCAUCGGAUUGAAUUAUACAUUUUUAACUACAAGCGAUGGAAGAUGCUAUUUUUAUUUUAACAAAAAUAUUUUCUCGGAACCUGUAGAUUUAACUCCUAGUAUCCUCAGAACAAAAAAUGUCAUUACUGAAGAUUUGUAUUCUGUAAUAUUAGCAGAAGAUGGAAAAGUUUUCAAAUUUAAAUAUGAAGAAAAGCCAUGCCUUGAAGAAUUAAUUGUUCCUGUACCUAUAAAAGAAAUUGCUUGUGGAAAGGAACAUGUAUUACUAUUAUCAGAAUUUGGCACUGUAUUUAGUUAUGGUUUUGGGAGCCAUGGGCAGCUAGGUCUGGGUAACAUAGGAAACCAGGAAACUCCUGAACUAGUUGAAGCUUUGAAUGGAUUAAAAAUCAUAUCAAUAUCUGCAGGUGGUUGGCAUUCAGCUGCAAUAAGUGAGUCUGGAGAUUUGUACAUGUGGGGCUGGAAUGAAAGUGGUCAGCUUGGAUUUCCUUGCAAUAAACUGCAAAAUGGGGAAAGACCUAAAGAAGAAAUAGAAACUAUUUGCUGUUUGCCUAAAAUUGUUGAUCUUGAUGAUGAAACUGUUGUAGCAGUAAGUUGUGGAUCUCGUCAUACUGUUGCUUUAACUGUGUCUUUGUCACCGACCUGCUUCAGAAAUCAAGAAUCGUUGCCUUUAAAAAAAAAUUUCAUCCAGGUGUGAAGUCUCAUGAGAUAGAUCAAGGGAAUUUGCUAUAUGUGAAAACAUUGGAAUGUGAUGCUUUGAGAGAUAAUUUGAUAUACUUAAAAGGCAUUGCUUUAUUGGGAUGGAGCACUCAUAAAUUGGCCUUUUAUGUGACAAGAACUUUUUAAUACCUGUAAUCACUAUUUAUGUUCAUCUGUUGUACAUGUUCGAACUAUAUCAAAUUUUUUGACUAAUUAAUCACAUAAUACUCUUUGCUUCUACUGUGGGAAAUGGUGCAAUUCAUCCACAUUUGUAAAGUAUUAAAAAGUUAAUUUUUAGAAAUCUUGUUCACAA